AUGCCUUCCGAGGUCAUCCCGCCCAUGUACAACAUGCUGCUGGAGGAGAUUGCCUGGGCGAUCGAGGACAAGGAACCCUACAACUUCUCGCACUACCUGAUCGUCUCGAAGAACUACGAAGAGAUCGAGUCAAAGCUUGACAUGGAGGAAUCCCGGCCGCAGAAGAAAAAGAAGAAGGGCGGUGAACCUUCGCAGCGAUUCUUCUUCCACCCCGAGGAUGAUGUCUUGGAGCGCAAUGCUAUGUGCACCGGAACUAUCGAGUAUACCAAUAAGCAAGAUGACGGCCACGCGGAUUCGAAGCGCGCGUUCCAGGAACUGGGCAUUCGGACUAAGGGUAGCUUGACUUUGAUUGAUGGGGCUAACUUUGAGAAUACGGUUAAGGCGCUUACGGAGUACUUGAAGCCGCCUGGCAUGUAA